ACUGAUUUACCCGGAAGUGAACACGUGUUUUUAUGCUAACGAUGGAUGUGUCAUCAGUGCCUCAGUGUUGAGGUGGAAACUGCGUAGUUUGGGCAAAGUAUAUAUCCAGACAUGUAUUAAAAAGUGUCGACGACAUAGUUUAAGCCACGGUUGUUGCUCCGAGGAGGCUGUCAUUCAGUCAACAAAGUCGGACACUGUCUGAGAAGCUCCGGCUAUACUCGACGCAGGGUUGUUAGCAGUCAGGCUAACUGGCUGGUUCCUUGUCUGCCAGGGUUCCGACCGGACGACAGCGACAUGUCCUGCAGUCUGUUAGAGUUCUGUCGGCUCCAGGAGCUCAAGACGGUCCGGGACUUUCUGUUCCAGAGCCAGAAAACCGAGCGAGUGGAGGAGAAUGAAGCAGAAAACCAGCUGUCCUGGGACACAUCUGACUGGGAGUCGGCGUGGGAAAGUGGGGACCACAAAGAGGAGGAGCAGGAGCAGCGGCCUGUUUCUACUCCAACAUCAGAGGAAGAGGCCGGCGGGCAGACUGGACCCUGGCUGCAGGACUGCACCGUGUCACUGUCUCCCUGCUCUGAUCUGCUGGUUGUAGCCCGUGAACACAGAGCCGUCUUCCUCUCUGCCAAGUGGCGCACAGAUGACAGUGGUAGAGAAGAGAUGACUUUGGCUGUGUCCUGGUCCGGGACCCUGAGCUCAGAGGAAGGAGAGUGUGUGAGCAGCUGUGUCUGUAUUCCACUGGCGAGUCAAAAGAGGAGUUCCACAGGGCGACCCGAUUGGACGUGUGUGGUCGUUGGUUUCACCUCAGGCUACGUCCGCUUCUACACCGAGAAUGGAGUUCUGCUGCUGUCACAGCUGCUGCACGAAGACCCGGUACUGAGACUCAAGUGUCGCACCUACGAGGUUCCCCGUCACCCUGGUGUCACAGAGCAGCACGAGGAGCUGACCAUCCUCUACCCCGCUGCCCUGGUCACCAUCGAUGGCUUCAGCCUCUUCCAGUCUCUGAGGGCCUGCAGGAACCAGGUGGCCAGAGCUGCAGCAGUAGGAAGUGAUGUCAUCCAACCUCCUCCUCUGGCCUACAAGAAGUGGGGUCUGCAGGACAUGGACUCCAUCGUGGACCACAGCAGUGUUGGCAUCAUGACCCUGUGUGUCUUUGACCAGAUGAAGAACGCUUCUGUUCUGGGGGGGUUUCAUGCUUCAGUCAAAGGCAGCCCCCCAGCCAUGAGCCAGUAUGUCACUGUGGGAGGAGGACCCUACACUGGCUUUUACUACGCUGUAGAGGGGAGUUCUCAGCCGCUCCUCUCUCACGUGGCUCUGGCCGUGGCCAGUAAACUGACCUCCGCUCUGUUCAGUGCUGCCAGUGGAUGGCUGGGCUGGAACAAGAACAAACAUGAAGAGGAGUCGGUCCAGAAACACAAGCCUAAGGUGGAGGCUGCCACUCCUUUAGGGAUCAGGUUUGGUCUUCCAGACUCCCGUCGUCAUGGAGAGUCCAUCUGUCUGUCUCCCUGCAACACUCUGGCCGGAGUCACAGACGACUUUGGCCGCGUCACUCUGCUGGACCUGUCCAGAGGUGUCGCUGUUCGCAUGUGGAAGGGGUACAGAGACGCUCAGCUGGGUUGGCUGCAGAUCUCAGAGGAGCGAGGAGAUCGGGAUUUCUCCCCCUCUGCCUCCCUCCCCAGACGGCACGCUCUGUUCCUGGUCAUCUACGCCCCCCGCAGGGGGAUCCUGGAGGUGUGGGCCAUGCAGCAGGGGCCACGGGUCGGAGCGUUCACCGUGGGCAAACACUGCAGGCUGCUGUACGCUGGCUACCGUCUGAUGGGGGUCAACAGUGUGACCAGUCAGGGGUGGCAGCUCCACACUCAGCAGGUCUGUCUGCUGGACCCCGGCUCUGGAGCGCUGAGGACCGUGAACAUCCCGUUUCACCUGGCCCUCAGUGACAAAAAGAGUGAGCGAGCCAAAGACAUGCACCUGUUGAAGAAACUCUCAGUGUUACUGAAGAGCAGAGACCUGGAGCCUGAUGUUCUGGGGACUGAAGUCAAAAGUGCUCUCCUGGAGAUCAAACAUCCUGCCAUGAAGAAACAGGCUCUGGAGUCACUGCUGUCCAAUAGAAAUGCUCCAGUCUCCUGUCUGAGUGACAUCACACGCUCCUUAUAUGACACGCUGAAGCAGCAGGACCCAGACCAGGUGGACACAGAGCUGCUCCAACUCUGCUGCUCACAGACCAAACUGCUGCAGCUCUACACUGACGUCCAGCAGCUUCAGUCCACCACAGACACAGAGGAGUACUGUCACACAGACUCAGUAGAAGUCCUAAAGGAAGAAGUGUCCCGCGUGGGUCCUAUCCUACAUCGUUACAGCCAGCUCACCUCCAGACCCAGUGUCACGUUUGCUCAGGACUCCCCCGACUCCCCCCUCAGCGCUCAGGCCUUUCUGUCUCAGAUGGAGGUGACGGAGAACGGAGAGCUGAAGGUGAACCGAGGAUCGGAAGGGGACUGGAACCAACUGGGAAACUUUCUCUUCUGGGGUUGUCUGUGUGGAAAAAGUCCACUCCAGAAAGUGUGUGAAACACUGCAGCGGGCCGGCAUCAGUCCACAGCAGCUGCUGACUCUGCUGCUGAGUGUGUGGUUACAGAGGGAGAAGGAGGUGCUACAGCAACCAGAGGAAACUGUCAAGAACCUGCUCUCUCUCCUCCACGCCCUGAGCACCAUGAAAGGUGCAGUGGACCAAUCGUGGGAUCCGCAGUCUGUCUCCCCCUGGUGGCAGCAAGUCCGCACUACAUGCAUCCAGUCGCACCAUUCAGCAGCUGCUCUGCUGGCAGCACUCGUCGCUCACAGUGCAGCUAAGAGCAGCAUCAGCAGCCACCGUGACACGAAGUUGCACUCGGAGUGGGAGGCGGUGUCCCUGGAGCUGGAGCAGUGGGAGGUGUGUGUCUGUCAGUUGGAGGACGUGCUGGUGCUGCAGACGCUGCUGUUGAUGCCUCCUCCUCAAGGAGCAGCGGCCGCAGGAGCUGCAGCGCAGUGUUCCGUCAAAACACUGCUGGAGGGAGGAACUGGUGGCAUCGCUGACAGCGUCUCCAAGUGGGUGUUCCGACAGAACCUGGCUCCUCAGAGACUGAAGGAGAUCCUCCAGGAGGGAGAAGGUCCAGACCAGAACCAGCAGGACACGGACAGGACCGCAGAGCUGCUGCUGGCGGUCUGUCGGCGGUUUCCACACUCCCUGUCACCUGACCUGCUCCACGCCCACUGCUGCUGGGAGUACGUGGUCCAGUGGAACAAAGACCCAGAGGAGAGUCAGAGUCUGUCCUCCUCUCUGGACCAUCUGAAGCUCAUCUCCAGUCCACAUGUCCAGUUAGGAAUCUCCUCCAUGAUGUGGAGUACCUUCAUCCUCAAACGGUUCUCCGCAGCGGCGUUCCUCAUGGAAAAAGUGGGCAAAGCAGCCAAAGAUCGCUUGUGUCGACGGGACGUGGGGAUGGGAGACAAGGCCGUGACCCAGUUCCUGGGCUGCUGCGUCCAGCUGCUGCAGGUCCUCAUGGAGGUGACUGGACUGUUGGUGAACACUCUCUGCCCUCUGUCUUUUCUCUUUCACUACUCGGACUCGGCCGUGGAGGAGGUUUCUCCUCCGGAGCUCUCCGUGGAGGAGGCGUGGUCUGGAGCCGAAGGCCCCGCCUCCAUCGCUGAACUGGCCCUGGAGCAGAAGGGAGUCCACUUCCCUCUGGUCCAGCACCACUGCCUGUUAGCUUCCCUGCUACAUGCUGCCAUGACCUUUGGCCUGAAGGUCAAACCGCUCAGCCUGUUUGACAGUAAGGGUAAGAACGCGUUCUUCAGGGACCUGGCGACGAUACAGCUGAUGCCCAGUGGAGACAUGGACCCUGGUCUGGUCUCACUCAGGCAGGAGUUCCUUCUGCGGGUGCUGACUGGCUGGGUUCAAGCCAUCGACGAGCCCCCCAGCUCUGCCUCUGGGAGCCCACCUCUGCCCCCUGGUGGCCCUCAGGCUGACUGGUGGCCCUCCCUGUGUCUGGAGCUGGGCUCUCUGCUGCAGGUCAACCCCGACAUCCUGCGACGGCACCUCGUCUGUGAGCUCUACAACCAGGGCCUGGACCUGCGGGCGGAGGAGGAGAUGCUGCAGGUGGAGGAUAAGGACGUGCUGGGCUCUCAGCUGCUGGUGUUGACGGGACAGAGACUCAGCUUCUCACUGCUGCACAGCCAGAACCAGACACAGCCCGCCAUGGAGCUCCUGGCCCGACUCCCCCCGACCCUCUGCACGUGGCUGAAGGCCAUGGAUCCCAGUGAGCUGCGGUGUCCUCUGGUUCCACUGGUCCAAAGCAGUCGCCUGGUGAGCCGGGUCAUCGAGAUCCUGCCGGAGAACCACGCCCAGUACAGUCUGGCUCUGCACCUCCUGGAGGCUGUGGAGGCGCUGACCACUGAG